UCAAACUACGCUCGUUCACGUGAGCGCGCGCUCACCAGUAGGUGGGGUCAGCACGCGCUAUAAAUAUACAUCUUGUCUGACCGUAAAAAAAAAAAAAAAAUUAAACUCAUUUUCCUUUACCCCAGAGCAAGAGGAUGAUGCUCAGAAUUAGUUUGUGGACUAAAGUGGAAUUAUUUUGGAAGACGUUUUACAUUUAGAAAUUUGGAUACCGCGUCUGACAACUUCUUUACAUAUAAAUAUUGGUCGCGCGCUCAUUAAGGACUCUGGUAAAAUGGCAAAACUGUUUCCUGAUGCACUUUUGUUAAUUGUGAGUUUGUUAAACAUUUUCACCGUGGGUGCAUCAGUAUCCCGGACAGGAGACCUGCACUCAUCUCCAGUCUUCUCUGAUGAUCCGAACAGUGUUUUGCAUCAGCACACAAAAGCAGAGCUCAUUUCAGCAUCACACUCCCGCACAAGAACCAAGCGCUGCACUUGCUACUCUUUUAAGGACAGGGAAUGUGUUUAUUACUGUCACUUGGGCAUCAUCUGGAUCAACACCCCACAGCGCACAGUUCCGUACGGCAUGUCAAGUUACCGCAGCCCUCAGCGACUGAGACGCUCCAGUGGGACAGUGAGGAUGGUACUUCAUCGCUGCACAUGUGAAGACCACAGUGAUGCCCAGUGCUACAAUUUCUGCGAUGCAAGAACACAGAAUGUGCCGGACAGAAGAUCGAUAGGACGUUCACCUGGGUAAAAACACGUCACACGUUGGGCCUAUGAGAACAGAUCAGCAACCAUCUGGGCACCCAACUAGGUACAGCUUUUGGAUUUUUACAGAUUUGGAGCGAAACCUUCCCCACAUUCCUCACCGUGUUAUAUUUCCUGGAACGACCUUGACUCAUCUGGUCCACGGUAACAAGUGAAUUCUUUAGAAAACUCUUUGCAGAUUUCGGAAGCAUAUCUGGUACCGGCGUCCUUGCUUCAAGGGUUAUGUUCACUUGUUUCAGCUUGACUUCAGGUCUAAUACAAAUAUUCAGUGGACGUCUUUGAAUUUGGGAGUCUUGUGGUAUUGGAAAUAGACCUGUAAAAUAGACUCUGCAUUAUCUCCACUUUAUGGGCUGAUUUUCAGAGCGCACAGAGGGAUUAAUGGGUGAAGACGGAGAUGAAGUCAGUCUUGAAUUUACAUGUACCGAGGCUCCUUCACUUCAACUGAUAGCAGGAAAUUAAACGUUAAACAUUGUUAUUGUGGAUGAACUGUUAGGAUCUCUUAAGACUCCUGAGAGAAAGAUUGCCAGAUUAACCGCCGCAAUUUUCAACCUCCUGAAAUUAUCCUCUGCAUUUUUGCUCACUCCAGCAAAAUGUAUCCCCUCUCCACAACAAGAUAUGACAUUUUAUAUUCCUAAGAUGGCUUUGAGUUCAAAUGUUAUUAUUCGUGCAUAAAAUAAUGGAUCUAGUGAUACCAAUAUACUGAAAGCUGAAUAUUAAACUAAAUGGUCUAUCACUCUGAUCUUACUAUAUAUAUAUAAACAAUGACCUGAGAGCUUGACCUCCUGCAGAAGUCUGACCGCCUUUGGAUGCAAUACUAAUUUCUCUGUAGUCUCACUAUUUAAUCUUCACUAGUAUUAUCUGUGUUUGUAAACACUUUAAAUUAUUAUAUGGUCAUUUUACAAUGUUAUUAAUGACAAGCUUGAUUUAUAGUAACUUUUAAACAGUUCUGUAUCAUCCAAGGCAUAUCCUAACCACUGUUUCAAUUUCAAACUUACAGCAAGUUGCUUUGGUUAGUUUUGUUUAAAAGUGCAAUUCACCAGGAUGGUAAGAUGGGGUUAUAAUAAAUGUUAGCAGAAAUUAUUAUUAGUAGUAUUAUUUUAGUUAUUGAAAUAAGGCAAGAGAAAAUAUAAAGAAUAGGAAAACUACAACAACCAUAAUGCACUAGGCUCAAUUAAACUAUACAGGGAUACAAAAAUGAGGAUAAACGUCGACAUCCAUAAUGCAUUUUACAUCGUCAGGUGGAUUUCUGUUAACAAAUAAACAUAGAUAUUUCCAGGUAACACAGAAAAAUAAUACACAUUUUUCAUUUAUUUACACUACCAACUAAUAGAGAGUAGACUGGUACACUGUAA